AUGAUAACAAAGGUUUAAGAUUUAUUAAUUUUAGGAAUAUAAAGGUGAAAGAUUACAUUGGUAUCGAUUUCUGAAGGUUAAAUUUUAAGCUAUAAUAAAUAAUAAUAUAGAAAUUAAGUAUUGUACUGCUGAUGGCUAAAUAUUGAGAAUGUACAAUAAUUAUUUAAAUUUAGUGAUUUAAAUAAAGACACGAAAGAGACUCCUGAAAUUCUAAAUAAUUUAGAAUAAAUAAAAUAUCUUUAAUGGUUUGGGGAAUAUGGAUAGAAUCUUAAAAAAGUUGGGAAAUGGACUGCUACUUGGAAAGGUCAAAUUCUUAAAAAUGUAGGUGGAAUAUACUCUGAAGAUGGAAAAAAAAUAGGGUCAUGGAUAGAAUUAAAAAACAAUUAUAUGGAGUAAUUUUAAUUAUAUUACUUGUUAGAUCAGCAUAAGUAUAUGAAAUAGGAGACUAUUUUGAUAAUUAAAGAAUAGGAAAUUGGAAAUAUUUAUUUAAAGAUUAUGAAAUGUAUUAAUUAUUAAUUAUUUUUUGUAUAGAGGUGGUGGACAUUAUAAUGAAUAAAGCCUAAAAAAUGGGAAUUGGACAGAAUUGAGUCAAGAUUUUCAUGUGUAUAAUAAAGAUAUAAUUUAGAUAUAAAUAAAUCAUUUAUAAUGGAAAAUAUAGAGAUGGUAAGAAAAUUGAUAUGUGGACUGAAUAUUUGAGGGAAGAUGGAUUUAUAUAAUUUGAAGAAAUGUAAGAAUUACUCAUAAAAUAUUAUUUAGUGGUGGAGGGUAUUAUGAUAAUAUUGGAAAGGAGUUAAAGAUUGGUAAUUGGAUAGAAUUAAUUGAUUUUCAAAAGUAAAUGAAUAAUUAUGAAUUGUUAAAUUAGAAAUAAGAAAAUCACAUUUAAUGGAGAAUAUAAAGAUGGUUAUAAAAUUGGUAGAUGGAAUAUAUUAAAUUCAGAGUAUUCUAAUAAUGAAAUAAAAAUUAUGUAAUAAACAUUAUAAAUUCAAUUAUAAGUGGUGGUGGAUAUUAUGAUGAAUAAAAAAAAGGAUUGAAAUUCGGAAAAUGGAUUGAAUUAGAUGAUAAUUCUACAUGGUAAAAAUUGAUCUAUUUCUGUUUUAAAUAGUGAUAUCAAAAUCACUUCAUUAGGUGAAUAUAAAAAUGGCUAAAAAGUUGGAAUAUGGGAUUUUUAUAGGAAUAGUAAUAUAAAAUAAGAAUUACUGUAAAAAUAUUUUAAUAUUAAGUGGUGGGGGAUUAUAUGAAAUAGAAAAAGAGAAAGGAUGUGUUAAGAAUGGGAAAUGGAUUGAGUUGAGUGAUAAUUUUGAAAAGUAAAAUAUUUAUGUUUAUAAUUUUAGCUUUAGAUAAAUAAUUUAUUGUGGUGUUUAUAAUUAUGGAAAAAAAAUUGGUAGAUGGGAUGUGUUUUGGAGAGAAUCAGAUAAAAAUGAUUUUGAAAAGAUGUAAAAUUUUGAUUAAAUAUUUCAUAUUAGAGGUGGUGGAUCAUAUAAUUAGAUAGAAUUUGGAAUGAAAGAAGGAAAAUGGAAAGAAUUGAGUGAAAUUUUUUCAAAGUAUAAUAAAUUUAAUUCUCUUAUUCAGUUCAAGUUAAAUUAUUUAUGAUGGCUAAUAUAAAAGUAAUAAAAAAAUUGGUAGAUGGAAUAUAUAUUUUAGAAGAACAAAAGAAAAAUUUGAAUAAAUGUAAUCUAUAUCAUUUAUUAAUUCAAGUGGUGGAGGAGAUUAUAAUUCUGAAAAUGGAAUGAAAUAAGGAUAAUGGAUUGAUUUAUUUCAUAAUUUUAGAGAGUAUAUAAAUACAAUAUUUUGUUAGAGAUAGUUAAGUGACCUAUAAUGGUGAAUAUAAAAAUGGAUAGAAAAUAGGCAAGUGGGAUAUCUAUUAUAAGGAAAGUUUAGGUGACAAUUUUGAAUGGAUGUAAAAAUUAUUAAAUAAGUUAAAAAUAGUGGUGCUGGAUCAUAUGAUUUAUAAGAAAGAGGAAUAAAAUAAGGAAAAUGGGUUGAAUUGAGUGAUACUUUUCAGGAGUAUUUGAUUUGAAUGAUAUUUAGUUGGGGUUUGAUUAUAUUUUAAGGUGAAUAUCACAAUGGAAGAAAAAUUGGAAAGUGGGAGGAGAAAAAGAGAGAUUUUUGUGCAUUUAGCAAAAGAUUUUUCAAAACGUAUUAUUCAUUCUAAAAUAAUUUAGAAGAGAAAUAUUUUAUUAAAAUUGA